AUUCGAGGGUCAACAGGCAAGAUACGCGAAGUGGUUCAAGACUUCAACAAUUUUAUAAACCCCAACGAAUUCACUCGACUUACACAAAGGUGGACUUUUAUUGGUCUAGGGGUCUACCCAAAGACUUGAUGGUGCCAGUGGUGUACCAUAACAAUAGCCAGGAUCCACGAAUGGUCCAGGUCUUUUACCUGUAGUCAGAUCGGCCCUUUGCCCAAGUUAUAGUAUCAAUGUCGUCUCAAAGUCAAAGCACACCGGCCGCUCGAGAACCGCGUUCCUUCUAUCAAUAUUUCGGCCCCUCCAGAUUUUUCACCGUCCUUGCGACACUCUGUGUAAUCAACGUCAGCAUCGCAUGUGUCUUAGUACCGCGACUCAUCAGGAAAUAUGCCACAGGCUUUAAGAUUGGAAAUAUUGGAUUGUUUAGUCUCAAUGAUGUUGAAUGGCGGGGUCAUCGGGUAUGGGUCAAGGGGAAAGGUAUGGUGAUGAAGAGUGAAUUGAAAAGCAAAUUGGAAGAAAUCGGGAUUGGCGAAAGGACCAGGGUCAGGUUAGGAUGUUUGGCUUUUCGAUUUGGAAAACCCGAAGGUCUUAGACGUCAAUGGAUCGCCUUGCGCAUUAGCGAUGUCAACAUUCGAAUCCCGAAAGCACACCUGGAGUCCUCCUCAGAUCCUCACGCCACCGGAUCCGCCACCGAUGAGACAGCGUCCGUAAAUACGGAGUCGACUGACGAUCAAGAUCGCAGAAGCUCAGUUUCCAGCUUCAAAGCGAGUCCUCAUGCUCACUCCGAGCCUAGUAACAGUGCAAAAGCUCUGAAUCUACUGAAGAUAAUCGUCGCGAAUGUCUUUAAUUUGAUAGAAAUAGUCACCCAGCAUUUGUCAUCCCAACCUUCGAACUCGCGUCUCAGAUUUUUGUUCAAAUGUUGGAAAUUUUUACGUAUGAAAGUGGUCAAACCGACACUUAGUCGAUUGAAUCAGCUUGGACGUCAUCUUUCCUGGCUUGUCAGCAUUUUCGGACUCGAGAUCAAUGAUAUUCACAUUCAGGUGGAUCAAAUUUGUGACAUUACCUGCAGUCUGAAAGUCGGCUUUGAACUUCUGAGAGGAGAACAUGGUCAGGUAUGCGCUUGGUUGACCCUCAAAAAUGUCCAAGUCCAUAGGUGGAAAGAACCUGACGAGGGACUGACAACUCAAGGUAGCGAUAAUAGUUCUCCGCUCGAUGACGCUCGUCCGGCGCCCCCGGUGAAUUCUUCCUUAGCUUUUAAUCUACCGGGCUGCGUCGAAUUAUCCGCCGGAGCCAGUCUAGAUCCAGUAAUCGGUCUCGCUAGUGUAUUGAUGCCCUCUCACAAAGCUUUCAGGAGGCCCAUUCCUGGUGAACAGUCUUAUGAGGACCACGCGGCGCCCGUGAUGGAUCGCAAAACCCGUUUCGUCAGACCUCAUUCUGUGGAUUUCCAUAUCAAGUUCUUCGACAUGGCUAGGUCAAACGUAAGACUGACGACAAGUGCAGAUCGAUCGUAUCAGGAGAAGCAGACAGUCUCUGGAAUCCUACUUGUUCUUCAUAAUGCUCUACAUAUAGCCCACUCAAUCCCUCUACGUAUGCAAUCCAAACCUCAAGAUGGCUUACUAUCUGAACCUGCCCCCACAUCACUUCCUUACACUACUAGAACAUCUUCUCCCGGCUUUGUUGCGAAUGACUUCGCAGAACGUGAUCAUGAUUCGACCCGCCUAUCCCCUUUGUCAAUCUUUCGCUGCUUCGAAAUCGAACUUCCCUGUAUCACCUGCACCUAUCUUUCCGCAUUUUCACUUUCGACCACAGGUGCUGAAUCAACCUCAUGCCCGGAAUCUCCCUCUGCGCCUUUCUCUUCGUCUCAUUCUGGGACAUCAGCAGAAUCUGCGAGGAUACAGCCCUCAAAUAUGUUGAGCCAUCUUCGAAUCCAAGGCCUAGCUCUCAACAUAGACUUGAGUGAAGAUAAAACUGCGCGACAGAACACGCGAAAAACUCACACCGAAUGGUUCGGUUCCGAAAAUUCGAUCCUUCUGCGGUUUCAUGCACAAUGGAAGGAGGUGACCCUACGGGCUGAAUUAUUGCCGAGUGAUUUUGAUUUUCGUACAUCUCAGAGAGCACGGGUUCCACUUCUUCACAUAUCAGAAACUUAUUGCACUCUUAGCUCCUCUUGGUUGCCUAAGUCUCUGCGCGAAAAGCUUUCAACCAAACACAAAACGUUGUCUUCCACUCGCUACGUCAACUUUACCGGAGAUCACAACGCUCAUAUGUUGGUCGUGGAAGUUGAGAUAGGCAGGAUCGAAGGGCAGAUAUCCAUAGAUGAUGUAUCUCUUGUGAAUCAGCUCAAUUCUAACAUUUCAUUACGGCAAUCUCAUACACAAUCCAAUGUCAAACACGGUAGUCCUGGCUCCAUACCUGUGCAUCCGGCUCUCUCACACAACAGUUUCAUAUCAGAUCUGCCCAGGCUUGCAACCAUAAUAUCUUUGCAGUCGUUUUCAUUCAAUCUAUAUGGUCCAUCCGUUCCUGGUCCUGUUGCAUUUGGUCCUGGUUCAGCAAACGACAUUACCCAUACAGAGGCCAAUGUUUGGAGAAGCUCAGAUACGCUUACACUUGGAUGCUCAGCUCUGCAUUUCACAACCACAGGGGAAUAUGUCGAUCUAUGUGUAAAGCAGAACGAGCACCAGAAACGUGAAGCAAUGAAACACGCCAGAGCCAACAAGAUUUUUAUUCCGAUAUCGUUGCGGAAUGUCAGCAUCAGUAAAGGUCAUACUGACGCUAUUCAUGACGAUAAGCGUUUUAGUCAUCCUGAGGGCAUAUCUACAAACCCAGACGGAGAAGAGCUUGAGGGGGACGCUGCCAAGAAUAAGACCGGCUUAUACACGCAAGCCUAUCCUUUGCCGAUUCCAACAGGUGCAGUUCCGCCCUGGAAGUCUAGACUCGAGAUUUUCCGCGAAGCAGAUUCGAUCGAUUUUGUUUAUCAAUGUACAGCCACAUUAAUCACGAGCUCCAUUGACGUGGUCUUCUCCAGCAACACAUCUACCAUGAACUCCUCCGUGGGCUUUGGUCCUCUCGGCGUUUUUGAUCCUUUGCGUGGUACUAGUACAAUAGCGCAACAUGAGCUCAUGAGUACGACCUCAAUCGAACUGGUCACAAGCGUGAACUUGGCGGGAUGGGAUGAUCAAACGCAACCCGAUCUCUGUCCUGUAAUCGAUCUGAGGUCUCGGGAAGGCACUAUGCAAGCCACGAUCGGUGAUAUGAAUCUUGACCUGUGGCCGCCAAAUCUGAUGUCAUGUCUUGCUCACCUUUCCCGGGUGAUAAAUUCGAUCAGUUCUCACAAAGCUUCAUCACACGCUGUGUUACCUCGAUCAUCACCUCCUCGUACUUCUCUAUUUCCAUUGGAUAUUGCCUUUGCUUUAAGCAUUUCUACAAUGAGCAUCAGAACCGCUAGUUUCGAUUCCAAGUGUGACCCCAACAUUGCACGAGGAACUAGAUUAGAGACCAAGGCGUUUAUUUUCGAAUUCAUUCGACAGUCAAGCGCCCUUCCAGGGCUGUAUAGUUUUCCUAAUCGACUGCGAUUAGACCUCAAAGAAGACAUUCGACUGCAGUCAAACUCGAAGCUCUUGCAGAAUCCGGAAUACGACACCUGUCUACUCAAAUGUGAUGUAGAGUCUUUGAAGAUUGUGUCUAUCCCAGAUGUAAAUGAAGCUCUGGGUAUACAGUUUCAAAGACAAGAGAAAUUAGAAAAGGACCGAUAUCAGUCGCCGUUGUUGUGGGAACUCAAGAGCAGACUGCCUAACUUAAAAAGAUCGUUUUGCAACUUACCUCCUGAUGUAGAAAGCGAGCAUGACAAUGACGAGGCGACUAAGGAUGAAUUCAGCUCUGAUGUCUUCUUGUGCGAGCGGCUGUCCUGUCGAAUCACUCUACAAAGUCCAAAAAAGCCAACUGGAGCAGGACAGGACGAGCUCAUAUUGGCUUUGGAUACUCGGACAAUCAAGUUACAUGUCAAUGCCUUUCACAUCUACUGUUGUCUUUUAAGUACUUCCGCCUUGAUCGGCCUGAUGAAAGCCGGUACAAUACCUUCACCUGAACAUGAGCCCAAAGUCGUCAAAAAUCGUCGGACCCUUCAUAUUGGCAUUCGAGCGGAGAUCCAAGCCAUUCACCUGCAUAUGCUCUUGUCUCCACAGGUACCCCUAUUCAUCGAAUUGCGCCGCUUAUCUUUUCAAAGGUCUCAAAAAUUCGGCAUUGAUGUUAAAUGGGAUACAUUACUGGCUGCCGGGCGAAAUGUGACAAGCCCUCAUCUAUGGGAUGAUAUAUUGAGAAUCAAGACAUGCAAGAUCAAGAUUGUAGAUACGGAUCCCCAAGCCCCAUCCAAUCUAGCAGCAGGCAAAGUCAAUAGAGGUUGGCAUCCUUUCAUUGUUCUGAUUGAGGGAGAUGCAGCAAGACUUCGACUGCCAUUCAAGUUCGUCAUCGCUGAGGUGAUCGAGAGCAUCUCCACCAUCGUCAAGACCACCAAGCAGCUCACACACCAGUUCAUCAAAGGCAGCUAUAGCUCAGUGUUGCAGCCUGUGAUUGAGACUCCGAAACGUCUACCAGAGAUCCAGAUAAAGUUUCGGAUCGUAGUUCUGCAAGCCGAGGACGAUCCUUUUGAAAACAAAUUAAAUGCCAUUCGCCGAGCCGGUAAAGAAGAGGUCAAGGAACGUUUAGCAAGGGAUGAUAGUUUUGAGAACAAAGCCAAGGAUAUCAAAUUGGGUGCUGCGUAUACAUACCCGGUUCAUCAUUUCCGACGAGACAGCGAGACACAUCCAAAAUCUGAUGCCGGUAGUGGCAACCUCAGUGAAGAAGAUGGAUUUAACCGACAGUCGUUAGACUCAUCUUAUUCAAGCCAACCUGAGACCGGGACUCAGGUUUCGAUUGAAGAAGCAGCUCGUCGCCUACAGGAGUAUAACGCGGCAACAUGGAUCAAACGUAUCAGGAACGCAAUUGCGGAACAAGAGCGACAAGAAGAUGGUAUUCAGCGACAACUGUAUGGACAUGCGAGUCAUAAGAUUCAUGACAAGUUCCCAAUUGAAAUGCUGCCACCACUCAAGGCCAGUCCUCUAGUUCGGGUAGUGUUCAACUUUAUAGAAAUUGCGUUAUACAAAGCCGACUGUGAACAGGAAGAGAAUGGGUUGAUGGACUAUCUGAACCGAGUGGGAAAAGGUCUUCCAAGAGACACAAAGUUUUCUUUGAUUGUUCCUUUUCAUCUUAGCUGGCAUAUGGAAGGCGCAUCUAUCCGACUCCGCGAUUUCCCUCUCUAUCUAUUAUCGAUCCCUCGACCUCAAGCCAGUGGUGGGCAACACAAUCAGCGUCAACCAGAUCAGUGCACUUGGCAUUUGGACACUGACUUCGUCAUUGCGGAGGAGAUGUGUACAAUCGAAUCUGUCCGUACUGUCCCAAGCUUGAUUGUCCCUAGAAAAUAUUGUAGCGAAGGCAAGAUCUACUCAAUUGAGGUUCCGCGAACUGUCAUGCCGGUUAAGAGUUACGCCAAUCCAGUGGUCAAAGUCAGAUCAUGGGCUCCGGUGAGAUUGGGUUGGGGUAAUUCAAUGCAACCUGCAAUCCAAGAUAUGCUUCGUGUGCUUGAUACCUUCAGUAAAGCACCCGUAGACCCCUCAGACCGGCUUGGCUUUUGGGACAAAGUAAGAUUAGUGCUUCACUGGAUCGUGGAGAUAAACUUCAUCGGAAGUAAGACAGACGUGGUCUUACAUCUGAAAGGUUCCCGAGAUCCUUACGAAUUGCUCGGAAACGGUGCUGGAUUUGCGAAGGUAUGGCGAGGAAAUGUGAAAUUCUUGCUCGGACAUGACAACGAAGAUCAAGAGUUUUUGCAGAUCAAGAGUGAUCAGUGUAUAUUGGGAAUCCCUAACUUAAAAGACCUUAUAGACAAUGCUGCUAGUGGUACGGCCCCGUUGCUGACUGCUACCUCUGCAGAUAGUUACAAGCGACGUUAUCGUCAGGCUUCUGGCGUAUCAGAUUCAGACGACGAAAGCGAUUCUGACGCAGUUCGGUCAAGAAAGACAGAAUUUUUGAAAAUUGUGGGCAAGCUCACUAACGGAGUCAGGUGGGGAAUGGGGAUUGUUUUGGAAAGGGCUUGCGGCGAUCAUGACAACAAGACAUGUGGAUGUGUUGGAACGACGUUUCAUCGCAAGUGUCGUAUCUUUACAUUCAAGCCACACUAUCAAGUGGUCACUAAAAUUCCGCAGUUUGUUGUCACUCCUGCUGGCGAGCGACGCGAUUCAUUCGAAUCUUUUCGAUCCGAUUUCAUUCACUUUUCUAUCUCACUUACAUCACCCACCGAUGAUAAAUACUUUUCAAAACGCCCUUCAGGCCAAAACUCCUUACAUUUCGCACCUGAAGCUUUCACUCACUUCUGGUCAUGGUGGAGAACAUUUGACAGUGCACUCUCUCUACCAAUCCGACAGGGCGCGUUAUUUCCCUCCUCACAAUCUCCUUCUAAAAAAUUCGGACGACAUGUGGCCACGAUCAAGUAUCGUUUCAGCAUCUCGCCACUCUUCAUCGCUCAUACAUACAGGUAUGAAAAUGCUUCGGAUUGGGUGAACGGUCAAAGCGUUGUGCUAGGCUUCAAAGCCAAGAUUUCGAGCUUCAAUGUGGAUAUGCACACUAGAGCUGUUGAAACCACAAUCCGCUCACCCGCAAUGAAACAACCGCAGAAGAUUAUCCGUAAAGCAUUUUACAGGGCGGAAAUUGAUUGCCAAAAUGUCGACAUUCGAGCGAUCUCGGCAGUCUUUGAAUCGAUGAGGAAAGCGGCUUAUGCUGCCGACUUAGGCAUGGCGACGGAUGUCGACGAGGCAGAGACGAUCUCUGUUUUGGAUGAGGGCAGGGAUAAGGAUGAUUACUUUGUGGACAGCUCGGAUCCAACCCGGCGAGCUUCCUCGGUGGGGCGUGAAGGACACAAUGAUAGGAAUUCAGAAUGGAUUGACAUGGAUGAUUAUUAUGAUAUCCUCUUUUGGCCUCAACAUAAUCUUGGUGAACAUCCUCAUGUCAAAGUCUUGGACGUCGUCUCAUGUCCAAGGAUCAGCUAUCUUCGUCGACCAUCUUCUGUCACCCAUUCGACGCUUUCUCACACAGGCGGUAGCGGAAACACGUCUGAUCUUGAAGAUAGUAUCGACGGUCAACCGAUCGAGAAGACCAAAUUUGGUGAAGAAGGUACUCAUACCUGCCUCAUUGGGAAAGCUCCAGACCCGCUAUCUGUCCAAGUAGGCUUACUGGAUUUGAGAUUGAAAGAGCUCGAACGCGAGAAAAGCUGGUAUGACGCUAAACUCUCUACUAGAGUUCCAGUGACAUCGUCAUCUGAUACAGUUAAGAGACAAGAGAUUGGCGUCCGUAUGGAAACAGUCAAGGAACUCCGAGCUAGAAUGCUGGAAGUCAGGGACUCUGUCAUAGGAAAUAAGGACCGUGGGGGCAUCCAUGUGUCGUCCACCUCACAUGAAGAUCGUAAGGACUUCAACAUCCCUUCGGUAUAUUGGGCUGAGGAAGAAAAAUUCUUGAGUGAAGUUGCCAGACAAGUCGGCGAUGAGAGUAUUCAUCCCAAAGAAGAGGGUUUAUGUAUCACAGCUGUGAAAUUCAUUCUGGAGUUGGCGGAUAAAACCCCUGGCUCAAGUAAGAUGAAGCAGGAACCAUCGAAGCGAAAAUCUCGGAUACGUAGUGGUGACUUUCGGAAUUUGAACCCCAAAUCGAGUUCUGCGCACAAAACAGACUUCAGCACCCGCCCUCAGUUCCAUCGUCAAAGUUCAGCACCUACAAUGAGUUCAGAGUUCAGCACAGAUGAGCAAGCUGAACAAGAUAUUCCUGAUGAUUUUAUGGUCGACUUCGCUGACCUCGUGCUUCUGAUGAGACCUCAAAUCGCGUUCAAGAGUGAAGUCGAUGACAUGUCGACUGUGAUCUUGACUGCCUUACAAGUUCAAUUAAAGAGUUAUGAAGUUUUGGAUUCAGCACACCUUGACGAUCCAGUCAAUGCAAAAGUGAUGAGAAGAAACUUCAGCACAAUCCGUGGUUUUCAAGUCUACUAUCCUUCACAUGCGCCCCUGAUGCCUUCUAUAAGAGUUUCAGGUGCUGGGAAAUCACUUGCUCAUCAAUCGCUGGUCCCGGUGGAAGUCUUAGUCGAUCUCCGAUUAGAACCUUGGGGUUUUGAUCGCUUAAUAGCACGUUGUACAGUUGACAUGGCAUAUGAUACUUUCAAUCAACUCAGGAUCAAACGUCGAUCUGCAGGUGCCAAUUCCAGCUUUUCGUGCGCAAGUCAACCUCACCUUCAAACAUCGACCAAUCUACUUCGAGUCGAGGUAGACGACGCACUCUCAGUGCACGCCACUGCUCUUCAUUACAGAGCAAUCUACAAUGUGGUCACCGAUCUGUGUCUUUAUACCGACCCAGCUCAAAAGAAGCGCAAUGCCGCGUUGGAGACAAUGCAGUAUGCGUAUGAUGUGGAUGAUUUGAGUGGAAUGGCGGAGCAGAUACAAGAACAGCAAUCACGAAUCCGCUUGGACAGAAGACGGAUAGUGGAAGAAUAUGCACAUCUGACUGCACUAGACGAUAGUCGAAUGUUCGAAUUAACUCGAAGGGAAUUCAAUCUUUGGGCGAACGGCUCAGAUCUCAACCUUAUGAUAGAAGCGAUUCGUCGUUCGCAAGAAAGUCGGCGGGGAAGAUCCGCAAAGGAAAACCAGGCCGGAGUGCAACUUCAAGCACAUGCCAAAGUCAUCACGUGGCACAUGAUCGCUGAAAACGGUGAAUCGAUUGCGAAGCUAUCCAUCACUGACACAAACUUUGAUUGGUGUUCUCUCCCGGAUACCUCUGUCACUAAUCGGCUAUACGUUCAAGAUAUGUUGGCACUCAACAUAAGUGCGGACCAAAAUCGAACGUUUGAUGAGAUCUUAUCGCGGUACGAGUCCAUUGGACACUUCGAUGGUCAGCCAAAGAAGUUUUUAACAGCUGUUUGGAAGACUCUCCCUCCAGUUGGUGGGAUAUCGAUUGUGGAAUCUUUUCUGCUGGACGUCCAUCCAAUUCGAUUGCAAAUCGAACAUGCAAUCGGGGUCAAAAUGCAUGAGUAUUUGUUUGCACGCAAACCUCUGCCAGGGGAUGUUCUUGAGCGCGACACCGUCGAACCUCAAUCAGGCGAGUUGCAUAGGUCUGGCCGGUCUGGCCACGGUGAUUUGAGACCAUUGUUACCGAGAUCCCGAUCAACAUCUCAAGGUCAAGCCUACAACCAGCGCUCCCAGUUUGGUGAAGUCCAGUCCGACGACAGGCGAAGUGUAUUGAUAUCCUCAGUACAUUCGCAAGACCUGCCUCACGAUCUCUCCACUCGUCCACGCGGUCGACCUGGAGAAACCACGAUGCAUCUCAAGCCUGACUGGAGGUCUGCACUCUCCGGGCCUGUGCAGGCUCUGUCUAGUAGUGCGAACAGCUCUCGUAGCACCCGUGCUCCCUCUAUCAUCAGCGUUUCUUCAGAUGGGCGCCGAUCGAGCCCGGCGUUGGGGGCUGCAUCUGAUACGUUACUGCAUUGGAAUAAGCACAAAAAUGAGGAUGCUGCAGAAAUGAAGAAACGUGCUAGGUUGUAUAAAUCCUUUGCUUUCAUUGAUGUGGCACCGACGACCAUAUGUGUAUCUUAUAGUGGCCCGAAAUAUCCUGAUAUCUUCGAUCUGGUAGUUAAAGUACCCCCAUUCCAUUUUGAAUCUCGUACAUGGUCCUACAGCGAGUUUUUUGAUGAAAUACGGAAGACUUGUGUUUCUUCACUGUUCAAACAAUCGCCAUCAAUCCUCGGGCAGAUCAUCACCACGGCUCGUAAAAACAAGUCGGUGCCAAAGUUCAUGGGCAAGAAAGUAACAUCCGGCUUCAAGCUGAAAAAGCGUGGAAUUUUCGGUACUUCACACAGCGAUUUAAGAUCGCAAACGCAAACUGAUACUAGUCCGCACCGCGGUGCCAAGGCAAUACGCGAUGAUGAUAUUGCAGGCUCGCGCGUCUUGCAAGGAUCCGACCGCAGUCUCAUGUCAGCCUCCGGUAAGUUUGAAAGAUCGGAAAUGGGUAACACCUACAACACGCCUACAAGAUCAUUGUCUCUCGAAGAUCUAAAAACAACAAAUGAACCCAUUGGACAUGGGUCUCCCAAAUCUUCCGAAACAUCUGACUCUCGUUCACGUUUACGACUUCCGCGGCUGGGAUUCAUAUCGGCACCUGGCUCAAGUCACAAUCGACGUGAUCCUUGGGACGACCCACCACGCCCGUUAACUAUCCACGAACUCGAAGAGUCCACCUCAAUCACUGGUGCUGAAGUCUACAAUAAACCGGUUACAGACAGUAGUCACCAUUUGUAUGAACCUGAAGCAGUCAAAUCUCAGCCAAAUCAGGUGUCUCAUCUAUCGCCGGAAGACCUUCGAUCUCGAUCGGUCUCAAUGAUGAGUAGUUCAGGAAGCCAGGCGACCAUUUUGCCAUUUCCCGGCGAAGACAGAGGUGCAAAAGGCGAUCAAUCCGGCCAAAGGAAGGACUCCGCAGAAUCAUGGCGCUUCCGGCGAAAGAGCGAUGGACCCUUAUCGUCCCGCAGGCCAACCGAAACCAAUCAUCCCGCUCCAGUACCUCCACUUCCUUUCAACUAUCGAAAUCAGGAUAAUUAG